AUGCUGUCGAGUUUGACUUUCAAAACCGCCUGUUCCUCCAGAGGCCUUCGAAACUGCCCGUUUCUCCAUUGUGGCGGUCGGGAGCUCUACUGUAAUUUCAAGAGAUCACCAGGUCUCACCCGGAGGCUGACAACCCUGCCCCUGACAGGAGGCUCUUUGCACCUGCCUUUCCGCCUUGACCUUGGGACGUCCCCAGAGGAAAUAGUUAAAAUGUUGGUCUUCAAAACUGCUGUGUCUCCAAGGGUAAGGACGGAGCUUGAAUUUCUUGGCACCUGCAUGGACUCACGGGGGAGCGAAGUCCAGCAGGUGCUUCCUGCUAACGCCAAGAACAGAGCUGAACGUGGACUGCGUGUUCACUACCUAAUUCCUGAUACCGGAAUCCUCAUCUGCUUGGAAACCACUUGUUCGUCUCUAGGCAUUUAUUGUCAAAUUCAAGGGUGGAGGGCGAGGCCUUCGCCUUCAUGCACACUCAGCUCCCCUUGUCUCCCUGCCUCUCCAGGCACCCUAGCUGUGAACAUGGAGGAAACCCUCAUAAACCAUCUCUUCGUGGAGAGAGGCUACAACAAGGACCUGAGGCCGGUGGCUUCCAAAGACGAGACCCUCACCGUUUAUUUGGCGCUGACCCUCUCCAAUCUGGUUUCCUUGAAAGAGGCGGAUGAAACACUCACCACCAGUGUAUGGAUUGAGCAUGGAUGGAAUGACUACAGGCUGCAGUGGAACAAGACAGAAUAUGGAGGCAUUGAUCUCCUCCGCCUGCCAGCAGACAUGUUGUGGCUCCCUGAAAUUGUCCUAGAGAACAACAACGAUGGUGAAUUCCAAAUUACCUACAGUUGCAACAUUCUGCUCUAUGACAGCGGCUACGUGUACUGGCUCCCACCUGCCAUCUUCCGAAGCGCCUGCCCCAUCAACGUCAACUUCUUUCCCUUCGAUUGGCAGAAUUGCACCUUGAAGUUCAACUCGCUGAUGUACAAUGCCAAAGAGAUCUCUAUGGAGCUCAUGACGAAAGAAGAUGAGAAGACCAAGCAAUAUUACGUGGUGGAAUGGAUCAUCAUAGACCCCGAAGGCUUCACUGAAAAUGGCGAAUGGGAGAUCGUCCACCGGCCUGCCCGUAAAAACAUCGACCCAAACUUCCCCCUCGAGAGCAACAAGCACCAGGACAUCACCUUCUACCUCAUCAUCAAGCGCAAGCCCCUCUUCUACAUCAUCAACAUCGUCACGCCCUGCAUCCUCAUCGCCUUCAUGACCAUCCUGGUCUUUUACCUGCCUGCAGACAGUGGAGAGAAAGUCACGCUGGCCAUCUCUGUGCUGCUGGCACAGUCCGUCUUCCUGCUGCUGAUCUCCCAGCGCCUGCCGGCCACCUCCCUGGCCAUCCCGCUCAUCGGCAAGUACCUGCUCUUCAUCAUGUUGCUGGUGACUGCCGUCGUGGUGGCCUGCGUUGUGGAGCUCAACAUCCACUUCCGCACCCCCAGCACCCACAUCCUUUCUGACUGGACCAAAGAGCUGUUCCUCGAGACCCUGCCACGCCUCUUGCACAUGUCCCAGCCUUCCGAGAGCGAGCCAGAGCCGAAGGAGGGCCUGCUGAUCCGGCGCAGCAGCUCCGUGGGCUACAUCAUCAAGGCCGAGGAAUACUUCACGGUCAAGUCCCGCAGCGAGCUCAUGUUUGAGAAGCAGUCCGAGAGGCACGGAAUGACCAGUCGGGUCACCCCAGCAAGGCCAGACCCCCAUGCUGUGGAUGGUGUGCAGGAACAGCUCUACAAUGAGAUCAAGCCAGCCAUUGCCGGGGCCAAUUUCAUUGUGAAACACACGCGAGACAAGAAUGACUACAAUGAGGAGAAGGACAGCUGGAACCAGAUCGCUCGCACCGUGGACUGCCUCUGCUUCUACUUGAUCACCCCAAUCUUGAGCCUAGGCACCUUAUGGAUCUUCUUGAUGGGAUCCUACAACUACCCCCCACCCUUGCCUUUCGAAGGGGAACCUUUCGACUUCCGGGAAGAGCACAAGCACUUCAUCUAG